AGUGGAUGAAUGCAAAACGAUGUUAGUUUGUGCGCAUGUUCAUUUUUGUGAUUUCAAUCAACGUUUUGCUCAUAAAAGUAAGAAACUUUAUACAAGAAAAGAUGAGCAAAGCGUGAAAUAUGACGUCAUCCAUGCUUAUAAGGUUUGGUAGACAAGAAGAAGCACACAGACGCACUGCAGACUCUCUGCGCUCUUGCAACCCCACCAACGCCGCCGCCGCCGCCGCUGCCGACCGCCCCUUCCGGCGAAAAGUCUCGGCAGAACGACCAUGGCCAUCUGCAACCAAUCUCCCUUCAAACCCAUCACCACGCUCUGUCUCCCCAAACCCCACCAGCCCCGCAAGACCCGACCUUUCCUCGUCAAAUGCUCCAAGACCCAGCUCCUGUCCACCGACCCGGAGCCCGUCUUCACCUCCGUCCGCUCCUUCGCGCCGGCCACCGUCGCUAACCUCGGCCCCGGCUUCGACUUCCUCGGCUGCGCCGUCGACGGCCUCGGCGACCACGUGUCCGCGCGCGUCGACCCCGGCGUCCACCCGGGCGAGGUCUCCAUCUCCGAGAUCUCCGGCGACAACGCCGGGAAGCUCAGCAAGAACCCCCUCUGGAACUGCGCCGGGAUCGCCGCCAUUGAGGUCAUGCGGCGGCUCGGGGUCCGGUCCGUCGGCCUCUCGCUGUCCCUCGAGAAGGGCCUGCCUUUGGGGAGCGGGCUGGGGUCCAGCGCUGCGAGCGCCGCCGCGGCCGCCGUCGCCGUCAACGAGAUCUUCGGGGCGAGGCUGAGUACGGAGGAGUUGGUGCUCGCCGGGCUGAAAUCGGAGGAGAAGGUCUCCGGCUACCACGCCGACAACGUGGGGCCGGCGAUCAUGGGCGGGUUCGUGCUUAUCAGGAGCUACGAGCCCUUAGAAUUGCUCUCGCUUAAGUUCCCAGCCGAAAAGGAGCUCUUUUUCGUGCUGGCUAGCCCAGAUUUCGAAGCUCCGACGAAGAAGAUGCGGGCGGCCCUCCCGGCGGAAAUCGGGAUGCCGCAUCACGUGUGGAACAGCAGCCAGGCGGGGGCGCUGGUGGCGGCGGUGCUGCAGGGGGACGUGGAGGGGCUCGGAAGGGCGCUGUCGUCAGACAAGAUCGUUGAGCCGAGGAGGGCGCCGCUGAUCCCGGGGAUGGAGGCGGUGAAGAGGGCCGCGAUCGAGGGCGGGGCGUUUGGGUGCACGAUCAGCGGGGCGGGGCCGACUGCAGUGGCGGUCACGGAUGAUGAGGCGAGGGGUCGGGCCAUCGGGGAGCGGAUGGUGGAGGCCUUCAUGGUGGAAGGGAAGCUGAGGGCGGAGGCUGUGGUGAGGAGGCUGGACAGGGUUGGUGCUAGGCUUGUCAGCAGCAUUCCACGAUGAUAGCUCUUGCUGAUUCUUGCUACUUAGGCUUGUGAUAUUGGUGCUCGGAGUGAUUUUGUUCAUGAGGGAUUGUGGGUUGAAAUUUUGGUUGACAAUUACAAUUUGAGUCUGAGUGCAAUCAGUGCUCAGAAUGCAGAUUUGUCGUCUAUGAAUGAGUGGUCUUUUGUUGCAA